CAAUGCAGAUCUACCAUUUUCUGAAAAUGUUGUGAACUUCUAGUAUUAUACACCGGUAGGACGGAAAACAACCAAGGUUAGACACACAUUUUCUACCGCAGAACCAACAGGGAGCAUCAUGCCGCUUUUAUCGAGACUGUUGAAAGUUUUGUCUUUUGGACUUUUUGUAACAUUUUGUGUAGGGUCUUGUCCUGAUGGAUACUGUCGGCAUUCUGGUGGCUGCUAUCUUGUCGUUGGUCUUAAUGUUACAUGGAUUGAUGCUAGGAGUUUCUGCACUGUGUUAGGUGGACAGCUGCUCUCUCUGGAGUCAGCAAUCAAUCAAGUAGCUGCAGAAGGACCAAUGCGUCGUUCUAAAGGGAUAGUUUUUCCAGGGAAAUACUGGUUAGAUUUUAAUGACUUACUGAGCCCAAAGGACUGGAAAAGAAUGCGAGACCGCAAAUCCUUAGAUUAUGAAAACUGGAGUUCGGAUUCAACCGAGAACGAAACUUCAAUUCAAAACUGUGUCUUUAUGUCCGAAGAGCAAGAUUAUCGUUGGUCGACAGUCGCGUGUUCUGAAAAGAUGAACUUUGUCUGCUAUGCAUCCGGAGUGACAAAAAUAAGUACUAGAAAGUAUUCCAGAUACCGAGGUUACUACUAUGAGUAUGAUUAUAUCGAUGACAGUGAUGACGAGGAAUGCUUAUAGCACGUGCAUAUUUUCAGACAGUACAACUAGUUUGGACUGGUUUCCACAGUGUAUUUAAUUACUGGAUUUAGGCCAGUUUCUUCUGUCUUCAGACUAAUAAAAAAAAGAAAGUGUAUAUACAAGCAA